AUGGCUCUCUCCAGGAUCUGUCGGGAGUCUUUGCUGUUGCUUUUACUGCAAAUUGUGAUGAUUUGCUCCGCUCAGAGGGGCCCGGUCGGUCCCAGAGGACCCCCAGGGCCCCCCGGAGUAUCUGGCGUUCCUGGAGUAGAUGGCAUUGAUGGCGACAGAGGAGAGGACUCAACAGUGAACGGCGGACCAGGCCUUGAUGGUGACAACGGCAAAGACGGACUUCCCGGAGUUGCAGGUCUUCCAGGCGCAGAUGGACCAGUUGGACCUCCUGGAGAUCCAGGUGCAGUGGGUGCACAAGGGCCAAAAGGGGACCCUGGAGCACGUGGACCUCCUGGAGAGAUCGGUGUAGGACCUGAUGGGCUUGAUGGUAUUCCAGGUACAGAUGGGCUACCAGGUGAACUUGGUAAAGUUGGACCCCCUGGAGCAAGAGGCCGGAGAGGUCAAGUGGGUCCUCCUGGUCCUGCUGGGCCUCGGGGGCCUCCCGCUGUGUACCAAGGCGAGGACCUGUGUCCCAAUGCCUGUCCCGCUAGUCUGAAUGGACAUCCUGGUCUCCCCGGCAUGAAGGGCCACAAAGGAAUUAAGGGUGAAUCUGGUGAGCCUGGAAGACAAGGACACAAGGGAGAGGAGGGUGACCAAGGACCACCAGGGGAAGUCGGAUCUCAAGGACUACCAGGCCCAGGUGGAAAAAGAGGCCUCUCAGGAAUAAUGGGCUCCAAAGGUGACAGGGGACCCCGUGGAAAACCUGGUGAUUUAGGUCCUCAGGGCAUCCAGGGAGGCCCGGGUGAUUCUGGUCAAAGAGGAGCAAUAGGUGAAACUGGGCCACAGGGAGUGUCGGGGGAACGAGGUCCAUCUGGAAUCAGAGGAGUGCCAGGGCCAAAAGGAGAGGCUGGCCUCGCUGGUCCAGAUGGUCGUGAAGGAAUACCUGGACUGCCAGGGUCAAAGGGUCUUCCAGGGAAAAAUGGGGCUCCAGGUGAUGCUGGCACUCAAGGUCUCCCUGGUAUGCCAGGUUCUUAUGGCCAGAAAGGUGUCAGUGGUUCGAAGGGUAGCACAGGUGAUCCAGGAGCUGUUGGACUGAUGGGAUCUUCAGGGAAACAAGGCGAGCGUGGCGAGCAGGGAGAAGUGGGACCUGUUGGAGCCCGAGGAGGACCAGGUGAACGAGGAGAAAGAGGACAUGAUGGACCUAUAGGAGCACCAGGAGGCAGGGGAGGCAAGGGGGAUCUGGGACUUCCAGGACUUCCUGGUCCCGCUGGUUAUCGUGGCCAGAAGGGCGACAGAGGUGCAGUUGGUCUGGAUGGUUCAAAGGGAGAUCAGGGAUCUGCCGGCUCUGAGGGAACACCAGGAGACAGAGGAGAACUGGGUGAUCAAGGUGAACUAGGAGAGAAAGGAUCGACGGGCCCACCAGGUGAGACAGGAAAUAAAGGACCCGAGGGUGGCCGAGGACAGCAGGGGAAAGAGGGCAAAUCGGGCCAACCAGGACCCCGUGGCAUGCAGGGUGACAUGGGGGUACCAGGUCUUCCAGGGGUGCAGGGAGCAGCGGGAAAAUCACCGACAGAUACACAUAUCAAACAAGUCUGCAUGAGAGUAAUGCAAGAGCAGCUGGCUCAGCUAGCCGCCAGCCUGAGCAGGCCUGAGUCAGGUAUUGCUGGAAUACCUGGUCCCCCGGGUCCUCCUGGACCUCCAGGCCCUUCAGGAGAGAACGGUUUCCCUGGACACACCGGAUCAAGAGGACUACCUGGUCUGAAGGGUCCACCUGGGCUACUGGGCCGCAAAGGCAUCAAAGGUGACCAGGGUGACAGAGGGGACAGAGGACCCACAGCGAGAGGACCCAAAGGAGCACCGGGGGCUCCUGGUCUGCCAGGUGUUGCCGGCAGAGCGGCUUAUGGCACAAACGGCCGUGACGGAGAGCGGGGACCUCGUGGCGUUCCCGGUAUUCACGGCGUUCCUGGGCCUCCUGGUCCCGCCGGUCUCAAUGGUUACUGUGAGUCAUCACAGUGCGUUCUGCCCAUGGUGGCGUCGCCGGUUUCGGCAAAGGACACCAGCAUGAAGGGCCCCAGUGAGAUGUAA